AUGUUGCGUUGGGCCUCUGAUUCGACCUUCUUCUACCCUGAGACCAAGGGCAAGACAUUGGAGCAGAUGGGUAUCUUGUUCGGAGACCAAUUGGUACCGCAUGCGUUGGAGGACCCAGAGGCUGCAGCGGCGGCGGAGAAGCAGUUGGAGAUCCAGGUAAUUGAGAAAACUGCUAGGGAGACCAGCGUAUGA